AUGAACGCAAUAGAGCGCUCAAGAGGGGAUCAGUCUGUCAAUAACAACAACUCUGGGUCAGCUCGUGAGCUUGUCCGCAGUUUUCAGUUUGACUUAUGUGCGUCGGAGGAGCUUUCACAGAGGCAGUUCUUUAGCGCUUGUGGGGUGGUGCCCCUACUCGAGUCAGUGGUGGAAGGGUAUUUUGCAACAGUCUUUGCUUAUGGCCAAACUGGGUCAGGCAAAACUUUCAGUAUGUCGGGCCUCGACGAGCUUUCAGUAGGUGCAGCAUUACGAAAUGAUCGAAAAGACUCCAACGCAAUGGAUCUAUCGGAUGGGCUGAUCCCGCGAGCACUUAAACACCUCUUCUCUCUUUUGGAGCAAGCAUCAAUCGACGUGAAGACUGUCGUUCGUGCGUCGUACUGUGAAAUUUACAAUGAACAAGUGUUCGACCUACUCAACCCGGGAUCAGGGGGACUGAACGUGCGAUGGAACGCACGCGUCGGCUUCUACGUCCAGGACCUUCUUGUCGUGCGCUGUGACUCGCUUUCUGAUGUGCUAGCUGUUGUCGCCGAGGGUCAUCGAAAUCGUCGCGUGGCAUCACAUAAGACAAACGCCGAUUCAAGCCGCAGUCAUUCGCUGCUAACUGUCCAUGUGGAUCGAACUGAGACGCGCGACUCGGACAGCGGGAAAAGUAAUGGCAUCACCCGGUACGGGAAAAUAAGUUUUGUGGAUCUUGCUGGUAGUGAACGACUAAAGGAGACAAAGUCCAGUAAUGCCGAAGAAACUAGCAAUAUCAACCGCAGUCUUCUCACCUUGGGAAAGGUUAUCUCAGCAUUGGCAAUAUCAUCAACAGGAGGAAAUGCCGGUGCAGCGAGCGUUGGUAGUUUUAUCCCAUACCGCGACAGCAAGCUAACUAAACUAUUGAUGGAUUCACUUGGUGGUCAGAGCUUGACCCUUAUGAUUGCAUGUGUAUCUCCGUCGGCGGUAGCACUGGAGGACACACUUAGCACGCUGAACUAUGCUACCAGAGCCAAGAAUAUUCGCAACAAGCCGGUGGUUCAAGUGGACCCCAUUGAGUUGGAACUAAACAAUCUGCGGCAUGAAAACCAUGUACUUCGAACUGAGAAUCAUGCACUUCGCCUUCGGCUACAACUUGCUGGCCCGAUGUCGAAUCAAUCUGCUAAUCAGUUCUUACGACAGCCUAGUCUAGCGUCCGUUGUGUCCACCUCACGCUUGCUUCCAGUGAUCAGCUCAUCGCCUUCUUCUCGCGGUGCAACGAAACAAUCACUACCCCCUGAGUCACCUUUGCGGCGCAAUCAGCUCCAGGUCCUUCAGGACGACCAUGAUAAGCUGACACAACGGGCUCUCGUAGCAGAACAACGUCUUCAGAAAAUUGAAGCUGAGAACAGGUCUUUCCGACAGCGUCAAAACGGAAUGAGCGGUCCAAAUAACGAGAUGAGGUAUUUGCGAGAACAGGUGCAGCAGCUACAGCAACGCGAGCAGGAGCUGAUGCAGGCUUUGGUACUCUCGACGAAGUCGAGGGCGGCGCGAUGA